AUGAACAUCGACGCAGUUAUUAGAGAAUUGGUUGCAAUAUUGAGGAGAGAGGUGUCGGAGGAAGGUGCAAAAGGAAGUGAAAUACCGAUUUUUGUUUGCAGAUGCUUGGCAAAUUUGGUUGAUUUAUUCCAGAAUUCGGCAGAAAGGGUUAUUAGUGCGGGUGUUAUACCGGUUUUGUGUUCUUGUUUGGUUAUUGACCAAGAAGCGUUGGAUUUUUAUAUUGAUCUACCGGAGAGCGCGAUUAAUGCCCUGCUAAAGCUCUCAACACGAAAAUCAUGUACAUCUCAAAUAGUUCGAGAAGGUGGUUUGUCCGCGCUUGCUCUUGUCAGUUUUCUUGGCUCUUCCGGCCGAGAUUAUAUCAAUCUAUUGGCAAACUGUGCCGAGAACUUUCCCACCGAUUGUUUCAACGUCGUAAGGGAUAAUAUAAUUCCAAAUUUGAAUGAGUUCCUGUGCUUCUCGGAUCCUCGCGCGGUGGAACAAGCAUGUUUGGCCGUUUCUAGACUUGUAGAUAGUUUUAGACAUAAGCGAGAGGAAUUGGAGGCAAUCAUAUCUGACGGUGUCCUAAGAAAAAUUAUCGAUUGCAUUCGACCGAACAGCAACAACAGAAUGAGCUCAUCGACAGUAGUUCAUAUAUGGCGCAUGCUAAGUAUCGUGGCACACGAAUCUCCAAAGAUUGCCACCUCUCUUAUAGACAAUGAGAUCAAAUUAGACGGUGAUGUCACAUUCCUCGUCAUCCUUUACGAAGCCCUCACUGGAUCUAGUCCUAAUGCUGUAGGGGUACAACUACAAGUGCCCAAGAACCAGAGUCAAUUUAGAGAAAUAUUAGGAGUUAUAUCGGAGUUAUUGCCCGCUUUGCCGACAACUGGAGUGUUUGACAUGAGCUUACCAAAAGAAGUAGCAGCUAGCACAACUGAAGACCAGAACCCGUCAUCUAACCCUUCCUCUCAAUCGCCAUCAGAUGAACGAAAUUCUAUCGAACUUCAUCUGCAAUUACUCACAUCGAAACGUGUUCGUAUGCACGAGUUUGGCAAAACUUUUUUGCGGACUUUGAUUAAUGUUUACAAUUCAACUGUUAACGCAACUAUAAGAUUAAGGAUCGUUGUCGCUUUGGCAAAGAUGGUGCAUUACUUUGAUGAAGAAGUAUUAAAUGAUAUUUUGCAGAACGUCAGCUUUGCUGUAUUCUUAAGUGGAAUCUUACAAGAACAACAAGAAGCAACUUUAGUUAUAAAAGCUCUCCAACUUGCAGAACUGCUGAUGCAAAAACUACCCGCUCAUUACGAGAAGCAAUUUUUCCGUGAAGGUGUCAUGCAUGAAAUUGCGAAACUAGCUGAUACACCAGAAAGCGCAGGUAAACAGUCCAGCAGAUCAGACAUAUCACAAGUAGGUUUCUUUCUUAAAUUCAGGGCGUAUCCGCGCAAAUAUUCUAGAACCUCUACCGAGCGUGGUCUUGGGUCACGGGAUUCCCGAGCAUGGAUAAUCCAUCGUGCACGCUCUUUUCGUGAAGGUUACAUUAAAGAUAACAAGGACUUUAGUCAUCUAAUUAAUGAUCUAAAGGCAUAUGCUGCCGCUUUAAAAGGCACAAAAGAGGAACCGACAGCUGGGAGUACGCUGAAAAAAAUUGCAACGUUGUUUUCGGAUUCAGCAAGUAGUAUUUCGUCAUUUGAGCUUGUGAAUAGUGGGCUUAUGGAAGGGCUGUUGGAAUAUCUAACUUCGACACAUGAAAACGAACUAAGUUCUGUCAACGACCGCCGACGAACAUUUUUACACAUUUUUCUCGGAGGAAUGGACCCAAAAAAGGGUUUGGCCAUUCUUCUUGAUCCCGAUUUCCAGCAUGAACGAUCUCCUGUUUGCCUGGCUCAUCAUAUUACUACGGGGUCGAUAGGAGCAUUUGAACUGUUGGUGAAGCGACUACAAGAAAGUUUGAAUCGGUCAGAGCGGUUUGAGGUUACUACUGCCUUUCAAACCAUGAGUAUCGACCUAAUACGAAAUCCGACAGGAAUACUGGCGAAGCAUCUUAAAUUGAGAUUAAUUUCACUUGAUAAUGAGAACGCGCGAAAAAUAUCAAUACAAUCACUAGUUCCAUUUAAGGCUAUUGAAGAAUGGCUUAUGUGGAGGAUUGAUGCGGCGAGGAACAGAGCACAGGAAAACACAAGUGUGAACGCUGGUGCUAGUGCAACCGUAGGUGCUGGGGCAAGUAAUGGUAAUGACAAUGCUUCUAGCGGAAGCACACUUGCAAGAAGCAAUAAUACUACAACACGUGAAGCUACAUCAAUAGAGGCUGGAAGUUCCAUCAAUACUGUAUCAGUCGCGGAACAGCUUGUCGCAGACAUUCUCGCAUCUUCGGUAUCAAGUCGACAUCGACCCGGUCGUGAAAUUAACACCAGCGGAAAUCAGGUUCCACCUAACCUUGGAGAUGAUACUCCGUUUAAUGAAGAUAUAGAGUUUGCUUAUCUUCGACGAGAUGUUGACUCGGAUCAUGAUGAUAUGCAUGAUAUGAAUGACAGUGUUGAAGAUCCAUUACCAACAACAACUUCAAGACCAUCAUCGGGGGUAUCAUCAACCUCAACAAAUCAACGACAUCGCUACUCUACCUAUCCUGGUUGGCAAAAACCCAAAGACUGGCACAUAGAAUUUUACAUUGAUGGUACACGAAUCAAUCCCAACACCCGCGUAUAUGCGGCUAUUCAUCGACAUCGACAGCGCACUCUAGUAGAAACUCGCUUUUGGGAAACAACUCACGAAAUCAAAUACCGUCGGGUAGAGGGUCCUCCUUCUAUGGAAGAAGAGAAGCCCGAACCUCUCAACCCAAAUGAUGUCAAUACGAAAUUACUAAACCUCCUUCGAGCUCUAUUCGAACUAAAUGAGAAAUGGGACGAGAUAUAUACCGAAGGAAAUCUGAUAAUUGCAAAGACAGAACGAAUGUCGGUAACUGAUUUUAUUAAUCACAAACUUACAGCAAAAUUUGAACGGCAAAUGGAAGAACCGUUGAUCGUGGCAUCUAAGGCAUUACCGUCAUGGUGUUUUAACCUUGCAAGGGAAUAUCCGUUCUUGUUUCCGUUUGAAACGCGACAUACAUUUUUGCAGAGUACAUCGUUUGGGUUUACGAGGAUGUGGAAUAGGUGGCAUGCUCAUAAUAAUCGGGGACAUGGGCAUCAAGAGCAGCGACGGGAAGAGAUAGGGAGUAGAUUGAGAAUAAAGACACGAAUAACAAGAGCAAAUAUGUUACAAACUGCAUUUGAAGUGAUGAAGAGGUUUGGUACUAAGGAUUCUGUGUUGGAGGUUGAGUAUUACGACGAAAUAGGGAGUGGAUUGGGUCCUACACUUGAAUUUUACUCUACUAUAUCAAAGGAGCUCUGUAAAAAGUCUUUAAGAAUGUGGAGAAUCUACUCUGAUGAUGGCGAUAUCUAUGUUAAUUCGCCAACAGGACUAUACGCAAUGCCAAUGAGUCCGGAAUUGACCGGUAGUGAGAAUGGAAAAAAGAUAAUUAAUCUAUUUAAGUUCGCUGGUCAAUUUGUAGCAAAAGCGAUGGUAGACUCAAGGAUCAUAGACAUACCCUUUAAUCCUAUACUUUUGAAGAAAGUACUUGGAGAAAGAGUCCCACAUACGUUAAGGACAAUAAGGCAAAUCGACGAAUAUUGGAGUAAUUCACUGAGCAGUCUGAAAUCCUCGAAAGGCUGGGGAACAAAUUCGCUUGGCUUACAAUUCACACUGCCCGGAUGUGAUAAUUUUGAACUAAAACCAAACGGCUCUAAUAUUGAAGUCACUCCGCAAAGUAUCCAACAAUACACCGAUGCCGUCAUAUCGGCUGUGUUGGAUACCGGUGUCGAGAAACAGGUGCAGGCAUUCAGGGAAGGGUUUAAUCAAGUGUUUCCGAUUGACGAUUUGAAAAUAUUUAGUACAAGUGAAUUGGUUGCAUUGUUUGGCAACGAAGAAGAAGAUUGGUCAAUAGAAACUAUGAGAGACAGUUUCAACGCGGACCAUGGAUACAGUAUGAACAGCCCGGCUAUCAAGAAUCUACUCGAGAUACUGUCUGGGUUCAAUAUAGAGGAACGUAGAUUAUUUUUGCAAUUUGUCACAGGUAGUCCAAGACUACCGAUCGGAGGAUUUAAGAACAUGAGACCUGUGUUAACGAUUGUAUGCAGAGGCAGUGAUCAGAAUUCACCUGAUGAAUCCUUACCAUCGGUCAUGACGUGUCAGAAUUAUCUCAAAUUACCUGACUAUCCAACAAAAGAAAUUAUGCGUGAAAAGCUAUGUUACGCAAUGAGAGAAGGGCAGGGAAGUUUCCAUUUGUCGUAG